GCGGGGCGGGCGGGGGGCAGGCAGAGAGGGAGGGAGCGGCGGGCGGGUACCCACCGAACGUCCGCAGCCCGCCGGGCGCCGGCCUUCUCGGAGCCUGGGGCGGGCCGCGAUGCGAGCGGCGGCGCGGUGAAGCGGGGCCGCGGCGGGGGAAGGAGAGGGCAGCCCCCCGGGCGGCGGGCCUGCGCUAGCCGUGCCCCGGCGGUGGAGAGAAGCCGGGCUGCGCGGCGUCCUCCUGCCGCCUCCUCCCGCCCGCCCUGCGCUCACCCCCUCCCCCCUGGAGCCGCUCCCUCGCCGCCUCCCUUUCCCCGGCUCCAUCCCUUCCCUCGGCUCCAUCCCCUCCCCGCUGGAUGAGGCGGCCCCCUGCCCGCUGCUGACCCCUGCGGACCCCGGCUGUAGGAUGAGCCCGAAGGACUCGGAGGGGGCGAGGCCGCUCCGCUCCCCGAGGAGGAUCUAGUGGGGGGGCACCGACGCGACGCCGCCCCCCGCCAGGCACCUCGUCCUUCAUGGUGGCUCCCUGCGACCACCAUCUCGGAGCAGACGCGCAGCUCGGGCCCCGUGUGUGUGUCUGUGCGCGCCGCCGCCGCGGCCGCCCGAGUGAGGGAAAAUGUCCACUCGGACUCCAUUGCCCACGGUGAACGAGCGCGACACCGAGAAUGAUGUCGGCUCAUCAUUGGGGGAAGGCUUUUGCGAAAAGCACAUGUCCCAUGGAGACGGACGGCAGGAAGUUUCCUCUCGAACUGGGCGCUCUGGAGCUCGCUGCAGGAACUCCAUAGCCUCCUGUGCUGAUGAGCAGCCACAUAUUGGAAAUUACAGACUCCUUAAAACCAUUGGAAAGGGGAAUUUUGCAAAAGUGAAGCUGGCAAGGCACAUCCUAACUGGCAGAGAGGUUGCCAUAAAAAUAAUUGACAAAACACAGCUGAACCCAACUAGUCUACAAAAGCUCUUUAGAGAAGUAAGAAUAAUGAAGAUCUUAAAUCAUCCAAAUAUAGUGAAGCUAUUUGAAGUCAUUGAAACUGAAAAAACUCUCUAUUUAAUAAUGGAAUAUGCAAGUGGGGGGGAGGUGUUUGACUAUCUGGUUGCACAUGGAAGAAUGAAGGAAAAGGAGGCUAGAGCUAAAUUUAGACAGAUAGUAUCUGCAGUGCAGUAUUGCCAUCAAAAGCAUAUUGUUCAUAGAGAUCUCAAGGCUGAAAAUCUAUUGCUAGAUGCAGAUAUGAACAUUAAAAUAGCAGACUUUGGUUUUAGCAAUGAGUUUACAGUUGGAAAUAAACUGGACACCUUUUGUGGCAGCCCACCAUAUGCUGCUCCAGAGCUCUUUCAAGGGAAGAAAUAUGAUGGACCUGAAGUAGAUGUUUGGAGUUUAGGUGUUAUUCUUUAUACUCUCGUGAGUGGAUCUCUUCCCUUCGAUGGACAGAACUUAAAGGAACUUAGAGAAAGAGUGCUAAGGGGAAAAUACAGGAUUCCUUUCUACAUGUCCACAGACUGUGAAAACCUCCUCAAACGUUUCCUGGUGCUAAACCCAACAAAAAGAGGCACUCUAGAGCAAAUUAUGAAGGACAGGUGGAUCAAUGCAGGGCAUGAGGAGGAUGAACUUAAACCUUUUGUUGAACCAGAACUAGACAUCUCGGACCAGAAAAGAAUAGAUAUUAUGGUAGGAAUGGGAUAUUCUCAAGAAGAAAUUCAAGAAUCCCUUAGUAAAAUGAAGUAUGAUGAAAUCACAGCUACAUACUUACUGCUAGGAAGGAAGUCAUCAGAGUUGGAUGCAAGUGAUUCAAGCUCCAGCAGCAAUCUUUCACUUGCCAAAGUUAGGCCAAGUAGUGAUCUUAAUAAUAGCACUGGACAAUCUCCUCAUCACAAAGUUCAGAGAAGCAUAUCUUCCAGCCAGAAGCAGCGGCGGUACAGUGAUCACGCUGGACCAUCCAUCCCCUCAGUAGUGGCAUAUCCUAAAAGAAGCCAGACUAGUACUACAGACAGUGACCUCAAAGAGGAAGGAAUUCAGUCAAGAAAAUCCAGCAGUAGUGCUGUUGCAGGAAGAGGAAUUGCACCAGCUAGCCCAAUGCUCGGGAAUGCCAGCAACCCCAAUAAGGCUGAUAUUCCUGAACGUAAGAAAAGUUCAGCUGUCCCUAGUAAUAAUACUACCCCUGGAGCAAUGACACGGCGCAACACAUAUGUUUGUAGUGAAAGAACCACUGCUGAUAGGCAUUCAGUGAUACAAAAUGGCAAGGAGAACAGCCUGACAGAAAUGUUCGCUUACGCAGCUAGCCCUGCUUCAGUUUGUACCACAUCCUUCUCCAGUGUUCGGCUGCGACAUCAGAAGUCGAUGUCCAUGUCAGCCUCUGUGCACACGAAGAUGAUGUUGCCUCCAAUAGACAAUGGCGCAGAUAACUUCAGGCCUAUCGCUAUUCCCGAUCAGAGAACUCCCGUUGCUUCCACCCACAGCAUUAGCAGUGCGACCACCCCUGACCGUGUUCGUUUCCCCAGAGGGACGGCCAGCCGCAGCACGUUCCACGGGCAGCUGCGCGAGCGCCGCACCGCCACCUACAACGGCCCGCCCGCCUCGCCCAGCCUGUCCCACGAGGCCACGCCGCUCUCGCAGACCCGCGCCCGCGGCUCCACCAACCUCUUCAGCAAACUCACUUCCAAGCUCACCAGAAGAAACAUGUCAUUCAGGUUUAUCAAAAGGCUCCCGACUGAAUAUGAGAGGAACGGGAGAUUUGAGGGCUCAAGCCGCAAUGUAGCUGUGGAUCAGAAGGACGAGAACAAGGAAGCCAAGCCUCGGUCACUGCGUUUUACGUGGAGCAUGAAAACCACCAGCUCCAUGGAUCCCAAUGACAUGAUGAGGGAAAUCCGAAAGGUCCUGGAUGCCAAUAAUUGUGACUAUGAACAAAGAGAGCGUUUCUUGCUUUUCUGUGUCCAUGGAGAUGGGCACGCAGAAAACCUCGUCCAGUGGGAGAUGGAGGUGUGUAAACUGCCAAGACUGUCCCUGAACGGAGUUCGCUUUAAGCGGAUAUCGGGAACAUCCAUAGCUUUCAAAAACAUUGCUUCCAAAAUUGCCAAUGAGUUAAAGCUGUAACAAGAAAAAAUAGUUAAGUUGUAAAUUAGUUAGCAAUUUAAAGUGUUUUUGAGAAUUCCGAUGGAAAUGUAUAGAAUAACAUUUAGGCAAUAACUUCUGCAUCCUUCUGAAUAGUGAUAUUAAAAAAAAAGCUGCUGAGCUGGGAGGGAGAGUUGGACUUUUUUAUAAGUGCACUACAGCAUUAAAGUUGCCUACUAUGUAAAAUAUUA